AUGGAGGAAUUCAGAAGGCAUGAAAGACUCGCAAAAGUCUCCUUCUCUGCGCAUCCUUCAUCGUUCUACAAGUAUGAGAAAAUGCUGCAGGUUUCCAGGCAAAACAUUAAUACUUUUGAGUGGUACAAAGAGCAAACUCAGCAAUUGACAUGCUAUUGCCCUUCCGAGGUCCCAAAUAGUCCUCAUCAGGCUUUGAAUUUUCUCUCGAGGACCUGGAGCCCAUCGUCCUCUGAUUUCUUUCAGAUACUCUCAUCUAAUAACCCAUCGACGUCAUACCUCGAUGGCAGGACUACAGAACUUCAUGAUAGUGACGACGUGCCUGAUCGUAAAAUAACAGACAUGAACGACGACGAGAACAGCAUGACCAGAUCAGAUGGAGAAAUUAUAACAAUGGACCCGCUAGUGGCGAGGCUGGGAGGAGGAGUUCUACGCAGCUUUUCCAGAGAGCGCAAGAACAAGAACAAAGACGAGGUGCGGUUGACCACCGCCCAAGUGCACGCGGCUCUCUCAGUUACCAGGCUUGCCGCAGCCAUUGCAGGCGUCGUUGGGAACAGCUGCUACAUGGAAUCAACUCAGAGCUCGAAGGUGGUUAGCGUGGUCAAUUUGGCGGAAAGGUCGACGGAAGAGAACAUAAAGCCGGUGGUGGCUUCUGCCGCUGCCCUGGUGGCGACGGUGUGCGCCGAGGCAGCCGAGUCAUCCGGGGCCAACAGGGAACAGUUGGCCUCUGUCAUCAGAUCCGGCCUAGCCACUCGGACUACCGCCGAUUUACUCACUCUCACUGCCAACGCCGCGACAUGUUUACGAGGAGCUGCGACCCUUGAGUUGAGAGCUGCAUCUCGUAGGCAUCUCUCAGAAAACCAAUAUGUUCUUGCUAGUGGUGUUCAACUCCCAAUUGAAAUGCCUCAGGGGAAGGUGGAGCUGAGAAAGGUGAGUAUCUACCUCAAGCAUGACGAGGUUACAAUGAGGUUGGGAAAGAAGCAUAUGGGCGGAGUAAUCAGCACCUAUAAAGAAUAUAGGAUUUUUUGUGCAUCUGAUGACCCAAAAGAUUGUGGCUUCUGGAAAAAUCGCCGUGGUUGCUACUUGGUCAGUCUUGCGACGUCCCGUGGAACUGUUCGAAUGCUGUUUGAGGAUCAAAAGCUUUAUGUAGUGUGGAAGUCCAUCAUUUCAAACCUAUUGUGUGAUUGUUAG